UGUACAGACUAUGAUCUGGAUUAUGGAACUGAAUGUUUGCAUCUGGCUCUGAAAUACUGUAAAACAAAUGCCAAACUUGUUGAAGGAACUGCUGACCUCUGGAAGGUGACCUACAAGCGGGAUCUCUAUGCGGCUGAAUCGAUUAUUAAGGACAACCUAUCACAACAAGUUUGUGUUUUUACCGAUGGAAAAGAAGCUGUUGCACAAGCAGGUUUUCUCCUUCAUGAAUCUCUGAAAAGCCAAACAAAAGUUGAAGCUCUAUCAAUAUCUCUAAGCAAAAAUGAUAGCCAUCUACAAAACAUCUUUUCAGGACAGUGCUACAAUUUUGUUUGUGUAAAUGAUAAAAAGUGUGCCAUUCAAGAAGUGCAGCAGCUAGUGGAUAUGUUGGAAAAAUCAGCUAUUCCUCUCUUAUAUCCAGUUGUCCUUAUUUUGGUACGUUUGGAUAUCUCAGAAAAUAUUUUUUUCAGCACUGGGAUGGAAGAAAUAACUAGGAUCAAGAAAUAUGCAAGAGAAGUGAAAAGGAAAAAUAUUUUGGUUUACGGCAUCCUUAUCCAAUGUAAG